UAAUACCGAACAGGGGCGGACUGACAACUCAUGGGGCCCCCAAGCAAUAGGGGAUCAUGGGGCCCCUGGUCAGUAGGGGGCCCCAUGAGAUGCCCCUGGUACCUUACAUUGGCUUUUUCAUAGGCUUUUUUGGGUGUGGGCGAGGACACAGGGGCCCCAUGAUCCCCUAUUGCCUGGGGGCCCCAUGAGUUGUCAGUCCGCCCCUGGCGAGGUACCAUCCUCCCAUGUAUGAUCAAGGCUAAGAAAGAUCCUAGAACCCUCAAUUAAGUAUCCGUAUGAGAGGUAUGAGAGAAGUU